UAUAUUUCUAGCCACGUCAUUUUCUACAGUGCAGACAGCUUUCCAGCUGGAUUGUGUACAUUCACAUACAUCACGUUUACUCUCCUACACGUCAGCUGACGUGAACAGUUUUUCGGAUUUGAAUCGAAUGAUGUUUUAAGCAUCUCACAAUCAAAAUGGUUUUGCUGACAAUGAUCGCGCGUGUUGCUGACGGCCUGCCACUAGCAGCGUCUGUCCAAGAAGAUGAACAGGCCGGUCGAGGGAUGAUGGAAUAUCAGAACCAGGCAAAGCAGCUAUUCCGUAAAAUCUCCACCGACCCACAGCCGCCAACUAGAUGCAGUCUGGAGACAGGACCUUUCAUAUUCCACUACUGCUUGGAACGUGGUGUGUGCUACCUUGUGUUGUGUGAGAAGUCCUUCUCCAAGAGACUAGCAUACACCUACUUAGAGGACCUACAGGGCGAGUUCGCCAGUCAGUAUGGCUCCCGAGUGGAGACCGUCUCACGGCCUUACAGCUUUAUUGAAUUUGACACAUUUAUUCAAAGAACAAGGAAGUCGUACAUGGAUUCAAGAGCAAGACGGAACUUGACCAAUAUUAACACAGAACUUCAGGAUGUACAGAGAAUCAUGGUGCAGAAUAUCGACGAUGUCUUACAGCGGGGAGAAGCUCUGUCAGUUCUCGGUGAUAAAGCUAGCAACUUAUCAACUUUGUCGCAGAAAUACAAAAAAGAUGCAAAAUAUUUGAACUUGCGUUCUUCCUACUUCAAGAUCGGUGUGGCAGUCAUAGUUGUAGUUGUGUUCCUAUUGUUCUUCCGCUACUGGUUCCUGUGAUGAUCACACGACCCGUGUUCUACAUGGAGCAUCACAUGACCACAGUUUGUGGCAAGAAGUCACAUGACCAAGUCACAUGACUUUACUGUGCCGCAGGAUGUUCUCAGACGACUUACUGAAGCUUGUUUCUCUCAUUGCGGGGAAAUGUUUUGAUUGAGCAGGAAAUGCAUAUUCUCAGAGCAGGAGAGGAGGAGGAUUGUAAACACUGUGGUUGCUAAAUAUUCUGUGCCUACACAGUGACUGUAUCCUGCCCGGGAUGUGACGUGUGAUGAUCUACAUGCUUUGCUACAUACUAAUAACCUUGAUGUGAGCCAUAACUGUAUUAUCAAAUCAGACACUCUUUACAAUGUUUUACUUAUCUGGUUAAAACAUUCAAUUAUCUACACAUUGUCUGUAAUCAGCUGCAGGGUAAAUACUUUCAAUGGUAUUGUUGGAAUGGUAAAGACAAUCACAACAUGCUACAAGGAGUGUUUCAUUAAAUAACUUCAUUCUUCCAUUCCCGUUUCCAUCUACUUAUAUGUCUGUAAUUACUUCCUUUGUUAGCUGCUAGACGUGGAGGUUAUUACUGUUUUUCAGCUUCUGCUUUUGUUUCACAUUUAUGUAAUUUGGCUUUGCCGAUGUGGUAUGGUAAGCAAAGUGAUAGAAUUAAGACGUUAGCCGAUAAUGGGACAGAAGCAAAUAUCAUCGUCCAUCUGAUUCAGUCUGUGUCACUAGCCAUCGGUGACCCCUAUCUAGUCCUAGCACAGUAGUAGCAGAUUUCAUCCUGUCAAUAGUAAAUUCUCUUUAAGUUGAUGCAGCAAGAUUAGGUGAAGAAUAAGACGUUCUGGCACGGACUGAUCUGUCAUCACACUGAUUGUACAUCUGGUGUCAUUGACUCAACAUGAUUGCACAAAUUCCUGUUUUAUCAAAUGUACAAAUGUAUGCAUUUUACUUCAGAACGUAAUAAAGAGGAAAGAUCUAA